GCGCUGCCGCUUCUGCGGGUUCCCGGUGAGGGUGACGGGAGCGAGCAGCGGCGGCGGCAGAGCGCGCCGCCCCGGGAGCGAACAUGGUGUCCCUGUGGCUGACCUGCGUCUUCAUCGCUCAGACUUCGGCGAUGUUGUCUCACGUGCAGAAGUACGAGGUGGUCCGACCUCGGCGGCUUCAGGGGCGUCCGAGGAGGAGCCUGCAGGACCCUCAGGUGGACCCACCUGCCCGUCAGAUUCAUCCCGAUGAGCUUCAGUACCAGCUGAGCAUCGAGGGGAGGAGCCUCACCCUCCACCUGCAGAAGAACAGGAAACUGAUUGGGAGAGGCUACACAGAAACCCACUACACGGGACACGGGACACGCGUGACCACGUCCCCCAAUGAGGAUCAGGAUCACUGCUUCUACCAGGGUCACGUCCGAGGCUCCAAGGACUCCUCCGUCAGCGUGGGGACCUGUGGGGGCCUGAGUGGCUUUGUGAGAACCCGGCAUCAAGUUUACUUGAUCGAGCCUCUGGGACAGACCGAUGAAGGCGAGCAUGCAGUUUACAGACGUGAGCACCUGAAGAUCAGCUCCAACUCCACAGCGCUGUACAACCGGGACCAGGACCAGGACCAGGACCAGGACCGGGACCAGGACCAGGACCGGGACCGGGAACAGGACCGGGACCAGGACCAGGACCGGGACCAGGACCAGGAACAGGACCGGGACCAGGACCAGGACCAGGACUGGGACCAGGGCCCUCGGCUCGCUGGCCUCUUCAGGUCCAGAUCGUGGAAGACCAAAAUCAUCGCAGGGCCGGAGAAGUUCGUGGAGCUGUUCGUGGUGGUGGACAACACCGAGUGUCAGCGGUACGGGAGCCAGACGAAGUCCCGAGUCCUCGGGGUCAUAAACCACGUGGACAAGCUGUACCGGCCCCUGAACAUCCGCGUGGUCCUGGUGGGCCUCGAGCUCUGGACCGACAGAGACCACAUCGACGUGGCCGUGAACUCCGACGCCACGCUGGAGAACUUCCUGCUGUGGCGGCAGGCCGACCUCCUGCCGAGGAGUAACCACGACAACGCCCAGUUCGUGACCGGCAAAGACUUUGAGGGAGACACGGUCGGGCUCGCCAACAAGUUCGCCAUGUGCACCGGGAACUCGGGCGGAGUCAACCAGGAUCACCAUGACAACCCGGUUGGCCUCGCCUCCACCGUCGCCCACGAGAUGGGACACAACUUCGGGCUGUCUCACGACGCCGCCGGCUGCCUGUGCGGCCACAGCGACAACUGCGUGAUGGCGGAGAAGCUCAGGACGGGGAACCAGGCGUUCCCCAAGUUCUUCAGCGGCUGCAGCGUGGAGCAGCUCGCCGAGUUCAUGGAGCGCGCUCGGCCCGACUGCCUGGCCGACCCCGGCGGCGCCCGCAGCGUGGCGGUCGGCCCGAGCUGCGGGAACGCCCUGCUGGACGCCGGGGAGGAGUGCGACUGCGGCGCCGCAGAGGAAUGUCAGAACAGUUGCUGCGACGCCGCCACGUGUCGCCUGACCGAAGGAUCGCAGUGCGCUCACGGACGAUGCUGCGAAGACUGCCAGCUCAGACUGCCAGGCAGCGUGUGCCGAGAGGCCGCCGGCGACUGCGACCUGCCUGAGUACUGCAGCGGGGCGUCGGGGGCGUGUCCGGAGGACGUGUUCCACAUGAACGGCAAGACCUGCAGCGAGGCCCGGGGCUACUGCCACGACGGGGACUGCCCCACCCACCAGCAGCACUGCUGGAGGCUGUUUGGACCAGGGGCCAGAGUUGGACCGGCUGUGUGUUUCGGGCUGAACGCUCGGGGCGAAGAAGGAGCCAAUUGUGGGAGGAGCCAGCUCGGCUACGCCGCCUGCGCUCCAGCGAACGUGAUGUGUGGCUCAAUGUUCUGUGGCGGGGGGGGCGAGUCCAUCACGGGGAAGAGGGCGGCGUACACCGUGCACAGCACCCAGUGUAAGCUGGCUGUGGACGACGACAAGACCCGCAGCAUGGACAUGGUGCCCAGUGGGACCCGAUGUGGCCCCGAGAAGGUCUGCCUCGGCCACCGCUGCGUGGACACGUCGGUUUAUGGGAACAAAGAGGAUUGUGCAAAGAAAUGCAACAACAACGGGGUGUGCGACCACAAGAAAGCGUGUCACUGUAACCCGGGCUGGGCUCCACCGCUCUGCGACAUCCAGUACGCCGAUUUAAAUCCAGGUCAGAACGCCGUCGUCGCCGGCGUGUGCGCCGCCGUCGCCGUCCUCCUGCUGGUUGCCGCGGUGACCGCGGGGCUGCUGUGCUGCAAGAGGGACAACAUGGACGCCUACACCUCCAAAAGGAAGGUGCACUCGGCUCCGGCCCGACUCAACGCCAUGUUCCAGAACCAGGGCGGCAAAGACAGACCUCAGAUCAGCCCGCCCACCUUCAUGGAGUCCACGGCCACGCAGGCCUGCGCCCCGCUGAUGGCACCCCCUCCAGAGAAUCCCUCCUCCUCCUCCUCCUCGCCGCCGUCCUCCCAAACGGAGCCGCAGACGAAACCUCGCCCUCCGUCCAAACCUCUUCCUGCUCUGAGCAGAGCUCAGUGGAAGGAGGCCACGCCCCCUCCCUGCCCUCCAGCCAGGCCCCGCCCCCCUGACAAGCCACGCCCCCCUCCCCUCAAGGCCAAGCCCCACGUGAAUGUGGUUCCGAACAUGGACGAGGGGCAUGGAACGCGUGACACCAGGAGCUUCCUUUAGACUUCUCGUUUUAUAUUUAUUUACCUGAAGAACAUCUUCACACAUUUAUAAUAUUUAAUAUCGAGUGGUCGGAUCAAAAUGUCUCACCUGUAAUUAUUAUUAUUGACUUGAAGCAAAUAACCACAAGUGCACUUUAAAUUAUUGAUGUUGUAUUUCAGCCGAGGCUCAGAACAAUCCGACCUCUGAAGGUCAUGAAGCGUAACGAGCGCCAGCCUGUCUUCUCUGAUUGGUCCUCAAGUUGUUGUUGUUUACUGUCUCCACCGGGACCUCGGUGGUUGAAUCGGCAGCAAAGUUUAACUUUGGAUGAUAACAAUCUUCAUUUUUUUUACUGAUUGAAUGUAAACAAACAUGUAUUAAUAAAGUUUGUCUCGUUGGUGGAUUCAACAUUUCA